GAGCGGCGGGGCUCUGCAGCGCCUGAGGAGGUGUUGCUGUCCCUGUAAUCCACACUCUCAGUCCCGGCCUCCAUCGUGCUUCACUCAAGCCAUGACUGCCUUUAAGGGCAUCUGGACGAAGGAGUUCUGGCGCUGUGUGGCGGCGGAGUUCUCUGCCAUGCUGAUCUUUGUCCUGCUUGGCCUCGGUUCAACCAUCAACUGGGGCACCGAGGAUCCCCACCCCCCCGACCUCGUGCUCAUCUCUCUCUGCUUCGGCCUGACUAUUGCCACCAUGGUGCGGUGCUUCGGCCACAUUAGCGGGGCUCAUAUCAAUCCAGCGGUCACAGUAGCCAUGGUCGUGACCAGGAAGCUGAGCCUGGCUAAAGCAGUCUUCUACCUCCUGGCCCAGUGCGUGGGGGCCACAGUCGGGGCGGCCGUACUGUACGGGAUCACCCCCGCCUCUGUCAGGGGUGGGAUGGGAGUCACUGAGGUGAAUGAAAGUAUCUCUGUGGGCACCGCCCUGGUCGUAGAGCUCUUCAUCACCUUUCAGCUGAUCUUCACCAUCUUUGCCACCUGUGACCACAAACGUAAAGACCUCAAAGGUUCAUCUGCUUUGGCUAUCGGCCUUUCUGUCUGUGUUGGUCACCUGUUCGCUAUUCCCUUCACUGGAGCCAGUAUGAACCCUGCUCGGUCCUUCGGCCCAGCGAUGGUCACAUGGUCCUGGGAAAACCACUGGGUGUACUGGGUGGGUCCGUCAAUGGGCGGCACGCUGGCUGCAGCUCUGUAUGAGUACCUGUUCUGCCCCGACCCGGAGGUGAAGAGACGCUUCUCUGAGACGUUCGUGAAGACGCCCUUCACUGCUGCUAAACAACGGCAGGAUUCAGCCGCGGCCCAGGAGCCUCUCUUCUCUGUCAUGGAUGUAGAACGAGCUGAGCGGAGGGAGAGGGAGGUGUCUGGGGAGGUGCUGUCCUCUGUGUGACGAGAAAGAAAAGAAAGCAGCGAUGCUCCAAAUGCUG